UAAUGGUGCAUUUUACAUUUCGUAUGAGAUUGUCGACCAACUGAGGUCGAUUGAAACUUUGUACGUGCAGGAUCAGUUAAAUCAAUAGUUAGGUUUCAUUACUGGAACGAACAGUGGGAAAACUAAACGCUUAGAUCAAUUAUUGUGAUCGGUAUCUGCAGAAGUUAUAUCGUAAGCAUCGCUCACUGAAGAAAAAUGGAAUCUUCUGAAUUAGCAGGCACUGUGACGCAGUCAAUGGCAAAGGAGGAUGCAUCGAUUGACCCAUAUUUCCACCUCAUCUUGAACGACGAUCUGGCCGAGAACAACUGGCCGAAAGUCUUGGACGAGUACAAGAAGCAACCAAAGCAUUCACUUAUGGCUCAAACCAUGAGUAAGGCUUUGUUCGACAAGCUUAAAAACGUUCAGUCAAGCAGUGGUUGGACCAUUGCUCGGGCAAUCAAUACGGGAGUCUGCUACCCCGACUCGUUCGUUGGCUGCCACGCUGGUGAUUUGGAUUCGUACAAAGUCUUCAAGGAUCUGUUUUAUCCUGUCAUAGAAAAGUACCACGUGGGAUACAAGCUAGAUGGCUCGAUGAAACACGUCACAAGUAUGGAUCCAGAACACAUCAAGGUGGAUUUGACGGACGAAGCAAAGUCUAUCAUUGUUUCCACGAGGAUACGUUGCGCCCGAAAUCUGGCCAUGUUUCCGCUGAACACAAGCGGAUCUCUGAAAACGAGAAUGGAAAUUUCAGAUUCAAUGGAAGCCAUUUUUAAAGAAAUGUCAAGCAGCGAUGAAUAUAAAGAUUUAGGAGGAACCUUUUUCAGGCACACGACGAUGACCAAGGAAGAGGAACAAAAGCUUAUCGAUGACCAUUUCCUGUUUAAAGGCAAAGACAAAAUGCAAGCCGCGUCUGGAUACCAUCGCUUUUGGCCCCACGGUAGAGGCAUAUUUUGUUCUAACGACAAAAAGUUCUUGCUCUGGAUCAACGAAGGUGAUCACCUUAGAAUCAUAAGUAUGGAGCAGAGCGGCGACAUAAAGGGAGUUCUGCGUCGUCUCCACAGGGGCGCUGUAGCGAUCGAGCACUACCUGAAGAAAAAGUACGAUGUGAAGGACGUCUUCAUGAGCGACCCUAUACUUGGAAUGAUCACGUGCUGCCCUAGUAACCUAGGAACGGGCCUUAGAGCCUCUGUCCACUGCAGGGUGCCAAAGCUUAUCAAGAAAAUUGGAUUCCAGAAGAUCGACGAGCUGGCGCGAUCGAUGAAGUGCCAGGCUCGUGGAACCAUGGGCGAGCAUUCGGAGGUCACGGAUACCGUGGACGUUUCCAACUGGCGUCGUCUGGGAUUCCCGGAACACGAACUGGUGCAGGAUAUGAUAAAAUGCAUCAACAAGUUUGCAGAAAUGGAAUGUUCGAUGGAAGAUUAAGAUACUAUAUUAGUUCAACAACUUAAGAUACAAGGUCAAUAAUAAGUUUAUACGCGAUCUUCAUAUUUUGGUACGGACUAAAUAGAUUCUUCUGAAUGCAUUUAUAAAGUUAAGCAGUUUGUUUUCGUGAUCAGAUAAAUCAAGCUUUCUUUGAUUCAUUUUAUUCAAACGAAUACAUGAGGAACGUUAAUUAUUAUGCUCUUUAUGAUCUUAUUUAUUAUCCCUUGUUGGGUAAAUCGUGCGUUAACGUGUUGACAAUCAUGUUAGAUUUUUGAGACGAUUUAUUUUGUUUUACAUUUUUUAUUAUACACUUGCGUGUGAUAUUCUUUUUUUCACUUUCAAAUUUCUUUACAAAUUGUGUUUGUGCAGUUAUUACGUAUUUAUUGCAGUUUGAAUUGUGUGGUUUCACGUCGCAUUUUAAUACUUUUCUGGAACAUUUAUAUUAUUUUAUUGAUUGUAUUGUUCGUGUUAAAACUGGGCGCAUCGGUAUAACGCACGUUUUGCGUUUAAGCUAUAGCAUUUACGUUAACAAGUAAUUGGUAUAAACUGUUAUUGUUGCUGUCUUUGAAGACACUGUUUGAAAUCAGUAUUCAGAUUGACUUUUUCAAGAUAUACACUUUUGCCAUUUGUUGUUUAAAAAAGACUUUUUCUAUAGCUUUGCUGUUUGCUUUUUGGCUUAUUUGUCAAUUAAUUUAUCAUUUGUUUGCAUAUUUUGCAAAGUUUGAAAUAAAGUGUUUUCUGAAUAUA